ACAGUAUUAUUUUUAAUCAUCAUAGGUUAGGUAAAAUAUGUUGCCAAAUGUAGUUAAGCAAAUGGUAUGUAAAGCCGAAAGUGUAGAUUUAUCAGAUUCAAUUUAAAAAUUUAAAAAUUAUAAAAUUUGAUUUAUAAAUUGUUUUAAAAUGACGGAAGAUAAAGUUACUAUACAAGAAUUUAAAUUGGAUCCUGAUUGUGAAUUACGCUUUGAACUUGAAAGUAAAAAUGAAAAAAUGACAUUAGAGUUAAAAAGUGGUUUAGCUGAAGUUUUUGGAACAGAAUUAGUUAAAGGAAAAAAAUAUGAAUUUACAUGUGGAGCUAAAGUUGCAGUAUUUACUUGGCAAGGAUGUGCUGUUGAAGUAAUUGGUAAAACUGAUGUCAGUUAUAUAGCAAAAGAAACUCCAAUGAGUUUAUAUUUAAAUUGUCAUGCUGCUAUGGAACGAAUGAGGGAAGUAGCAGAAAAAGAUGAUACAAGAGGACCAAUUCUUAUGGUUGUAGGUCCAUGUGAUGUAGGUAAAUCAACCUUGUGUAGACUUUUAUUAAAUUAUGCAGUUAGAAUGGGUAGAAGGCCUAUAUAUGUUGAUUUGGAUGUUGGACAAGGACAUAUAGCAAUACCAGGAACAGUUGGAGCUUUACUGGUAGAACGACCAUCAAAUGUUGUAGAUGGUUUUAGUCAACAAGCACCCUUGGUUUUUCAUUUCGGACAUAAAAAUCCUAGUUCUAAUUCAGUUCUUUAUAAUCUUCUUGUUACUAGAUUAGCUGAAGUUUGUUCUGAUAGGUUACAAGCAAAUAAAAAAGCAAAAGUUUCAGGAAUUGUUAUUAAUACAUGUGGUUGGAUUAAAGGUGGAGGAUAUAAAAUGUUAACGCAUGCUGCCCAAGCUUUUGAAGUUGAUACUAUUUUAGUUUUAGAUCAAGAAAGACUUUAUAAUGAAUUAGUAAGAGAUAUGCCAGAUUUUGUAAAAGUAGUAUUUUUACCAAAAAGUGGAGGUGUUGUAGAAAGAAGUCAAAUACAAAGAAAUGAAACUAGAGAUCAAUCUGUUAGAGAAUAUUUUUAUGGCUCAAGAACACCUUUAUAUCCACAUAGUUUUGAAGUGAAAUGGAGCGAAGCCAAACUUUUUAAAAUAGGAGCACCAAUAUUGCCAUCUUCAUGUAUGCCUUUAGGAAUGAAAGCAGAAGAUAAUUUAACAAAAUUAGUUGCAGUUACACCAGGACCUAGUUUACUACAUCAUUUACUUUCGGUAUCAUUUGCUGAUUCUCCAGAAGAUGAUGUUGUACAAACAAAUGUAGCUGGAUUUGUUUGUGUAACUAAUGUUGAUGUAGAACGCCAAACUUUCACAAUAUUGAGUCCACAACCUAGACCAUUACCAAAUCAUAUUUUAUUGUUAAGUGAAAUUCAGUUUAUGGAUACACAUUAAAAUGAUGUCAUUAAUGAUUCAAAAUUUGUAUUUGUAUAAAUAAAUAAAUAUUUAAAAUGGUAAAUUUAUUUGUC